AUGGGCAUACGACUGACACAUACGGCUUCGGGCUCCCCCCGCCUGAAUCCCGAGCCGCCUUGGACCGCCAGGGUCUUCCUGAUCCAGGGUUUCUACAUUGUGUCGUAUGGCCUGGGCAUCUACCUCCUGAACUUGCUUAUCGGGUUCCUUUCUCCUGCGGUGGAUCCUGAGAUUGAAGAGGUUCUGCCCACUACGGAGUCUCAAGAGUUUCGACCCUUUACGCGCAAGCUCCCGGAGUUCAAAUUCUGGUUCGCAGCCAUCCGUGCGGUGCUGGUAGCGACAGUCCUGACCUUCCUACCGGCCUUCGACCUCCCAGUUUUCUGGCCGAUUCUCCUCGCGUACUUCAUCGUGCUUGUGGUGCUGACAAUGAAAGAUCGUGUCAGGCACAUGUUCAAGUACAAGUACGUCCCCUUCUCGCUGGGCAAGCAGACGUACGGAGAGUGCGCGAAGGUGGAGGUGCCGAAAGGUAAGGAGGACAAAUGA